UGAUCCAAGUAGUUGAAAGAUUUGCAGUUGGAUAAUCAAAAGGUUGGCUGGUUAAUGAAUGAAAAUAACAAAAAAGAGUGAACAAGAAAGGGAAAAUCUUUCAACUACUUGGAUUAUCCAGCCAACCUUUUGAUUAUCCAACUGCAAAUCUUUCAACUACUUGGAUCAACAAGUAUAGCCCUUACUAUAGAGCCAACAGUGAAGUUCACUGAAUGUGGUGCUGAAUAAUUGUUGAUCCAAGUAGUUGAAAGAUUUGCAGUUGGAUAAUCAAAAGGUUGGCUGGUUAAUGAAUGAAAAUAACAAAAAAGAGUGAACAAGAAAGGGAAAAUCUUUCAACUACUUGGAUUAACCAGCCAACCUUUUGAUUAUCCAACUGCAAAUCUUUCAACUACUUAGAUCAACUUGCAGUUGGAUAAUCAAAAGGUUGGCUGGUUAAUGAAUGAAAAUAACAAAAAAGAGUGAACAAGAAAGGGAAAAUCCAGCUUACAGCCAUAAAGAAGAGAUUUGUAUGAUAUCUGUAAGAUGGUGAAGUGGCCUAAGUAAACCUCAUUUUAAUUUAAAAUAGAUGCAUGGACUUGGACACUUAGAAAGAAUCAACCCCAGAGCAUUGACCUAUCAUUUACUUCUUGACUUACUUUGUUGGUCAACCACUACUAUUUUAUUUUCAACUUACAUUAUGGUUUGGAGGGAAAAAAGGGACCUGCUUAAAUUAGUGGAAACUUGGAAAAACUAAUUAAGUGGACUGCAAAAGGAGUCAAAUAGAAAACAUUGACCUUCCUAUUUCAUCCAACUUCCCCGCUUUUUCCUAAAAGGCAGCCUAGUGCAACAAGUUUCGCUGUGCGCGGGAUGCGGAGAAGGGUUGGAUCACAUUAGUUUUAUGUAUGCAGCCUUACUUUGCAUUUGCAAGAGGUUAUUUCUUCAAGUUGAACCUGUAACCUCUUGAGUACAGGAUGGUAACUUUUACCUUUGUGCCAAGACUUUCCUUCAGCUUCUUCCUCAAAUUCUUUUUUAUUUAUUUUUUGUUUGGAUGUACUGAAAUUGAAUGACUACUUCUAAAAGUUUAAACUUUUAGAGAGAUGCAACUUUUUAUUUUUUUUUUAUUUAUCUUGCGUUUUCACACAUCUUCAUAUAGAGAGUUGAUUCUUUCUCUUGGAUCAUACGCAUACAUAUUUACUUACUUUUCCUUUAAUUUGCAGAUUUUUUCCCAGUAAAAUGAACAAAAGAAUGAAAAAAUGUGAAAAGGAAGUACGAGAAAAAAUGACGUGUCUAAUUGACAACAGAUUAAAGGCAAAAGAAGAAGGCAAUGGCAAGGCCCUCAAUAAUGACCUAUUGGGUAUAUUAUUAGAGUCAAAUUCUAGAGAAGUUGAAGAGCAUGGUAGCAAGAAGUUUGGAAUGAGUAAACUGAAGUAAUUGAAGAGGGCAAAUUAUUCUAUUUUGCUGGGCAAGAGACUACAUCAGUGUUGCUUGUGUGGACAUGCGUGUCCCUCAAUCACAUUAAUAUGUUAUGCACGCUAGAUAAAAAUAUUCCACGAGAUUUUUUAGAAAACGUUUUUUAGAAUAUUCUUUUAGCCCAUUCUCUUUCCUCUCACAAACACCUUCACCAUCUCACGCCUUUCUUCUCCUCAAAAAUAGUCAUCCGCCAUUUUCUUAUCAUCUGCAACGCAACACCAAAAGAAAUUCUCCAUCACAAGUUCUGGACAUUGUCAUGACAAACCACCAAUUCUUCCUCAUUUCCAUCUUACAGAACACACCAGCAACCAUCUUGCAAACACCCAACAACCAUCUCCUCUCCAUGAAAAAGAGCUUUGAAGUCACUACUCACAACUUCGAAAUUUCACAAGUGUGGUCAAAGUUGCUUGAAAUUUUGGGGGCCGUGAAUUGGCAGUAGAACCGUGAAGUCAAACCCAAAUGGGGUUUUUGCAAAGUAAAAACAGCAGUUGUGGCAACACCAAAGUCAGAGGAACGCUACAAUAAUGAGACGGGACAGCUAACCAUGGACAAACAGAGCGACAACGGAAAAAAUGCAUUAUAGAGGCUUGCCAAUGAGUAUUUCCAGCCAGUCAAAUCCAAAGUGAUGUGGUGAUUUUUGCGGUCUGGAGAGUGGUUUUGUGGAAGAGGAAAGAAAGAACAAUGGAAAAGGGUGGUCGGAGAUGAGAAAGAGGACACCGGUGAGAGCUCCUAAUGAAACUUACAUCAAAUCAUUAUUGCAGGCCGCAACUGGGACACAUGGGCCGAGCUUAUUUUGUCAAAUCAUAUAUCCUACUAUCAAGAGCUAAAUAAAUUUAUAUGUAUUUCAUCCUUAAAAGUCCAAAUUUGCUAUGUAAUAGCUUAUUGACGCAUAGGUGUGGGCGUUCGGAUAGUUCGGAUUGGAUAUGAAAAUUUCGGUUUUAGAAUUUUGGUUUUCGGAUUGAAAAAAUGACAAUCCAAAUCCAAUCCAAAUAAGCUCGGAUUGAAUCGGAUUUUUUAAGUUCGGCUUCGGAUUAAUCGGUUUGGAUAUUUUUGAUUUUCGGUUUUGAGCUUAUAAGUUGAGAUGUUUCUUCUUUUUAUAAAAGUAAAUAUCCAAAAUUUCUUGAAAAGUUCCUCACUCUCACUGCAAUUAUCCAAAUAAAGUAUCAAGUAAUGAAAUUAUUACCAAUGAAUGCAACAGAGACAUUAAUAUGGUCAAUAAGAAGUAGCAAUAGUAAAACCAUGUCCAAAUAGAAAGUAUUCUGAGAGUAUUAUUAUUUCCAUAUGAAUAAUGGACUAAAUAUAAAGUAUAAAAAUUUCGGAUUUUCGGACAUCCAAAAAUCUGAAGUACCAAAUCCAAUAUCCAAUCCGAAAUCCAAAAAAUUUAAAAAAUCAAAUCCAAAACCCAAUCCGUAAUCCCAAAAUCCAAAAGAUUCGAACUUCGGUUUGGAUUUCGAAUUUGCCCAAACUAUGCCCACCCUUAUUGACGCAAGCAUGCAUCACUAUAUCAGCCUACUUACCAACUUAUAACAAACCUACUUACCAUAAGUGAGUCAACUAACAGAAAAAUGAUAAUCGGAAGGUAAAUAAUUGGAUUCUUUCUUUUUUCUUUUAAGAAACUCAAUAAAAGUGUGAAACAUCAAUUAUUACCCUACUUCAAUUCACAAAACCAAGCUCAAACUAAUGAUCCCGUUUCUUAGUUCCCUACCUUCCAAAUGUGAGAGGAGAUCUUAAGCAAGUAAUUAAACAAUCUUUCUGGAUUAGCAUGCAUUAAUUGUUUCUGGUACAAACUCUUGUCUUUGCUCUAUUUACCCUGUAUAAAAUGGUGCUUUCUUUUGCCAUCUUGCCAUCAACUUGCUUUUGGAGCUCUCUUCACUAUUAAACAACUUCAGAAAGCGAGCAGUCUCUCUUUCAAGAACUCCCCCUCCCCCACCCAACAUUUCUUCUUAAACAAUAGAAAAGAGUAAGAAAGCAAAAUCUUCAAUUUCAUAUCCCAAGAAAAAUGUCAGACUAUUACCCUGAAGAACUGAUGGUUCAAAUCUUCUCAAGGCUUCCUCCCAAAUCUCUCCUCCGAUUUAGGUGCAUAUCAAAAUCAUGGAACUCACAAAUUUCAAGCCCUGAAUUCAUAUCGCUGCACACCCUGCGAAUUCUCCUAAAACCCUCUACAGGUACAAUCAUGAGGUACUUCUCAACAAUUGAAAGGAAGGAAAGAUAUUUAAUUGUACGUAGGGAUGCAUCAGCAUAUGUUGACCCUGUAAUAACAUUAGGAUCCCCUUUUAGUGGCAGAGUACGAUAUUACUGUAGGAUCGUGGGUGUAUGCAAUGGUGUGGUCUGUUUGUCAAAUGAUUUAUUUGGAUAUGAUAAUCUUUUGGUACUUUGGAACCCUAGAAUAAGCAGAUGCCUCACCCUCUCUACGCCUGCUCAUUGUUGUGACAAUGUGUGGACUUAUAAGUUUGUCUUUGGGUUUGGCUUUGCAAUUAAAAUGAGAGAUUACAAGGUUGUGAAGGUGGCCUAUACUCAUGGGGAUUAUCAGGAUUUGGCGCCACCUAAGGUUGAGGUAUAUGCACUUAGUUCGGGAAUUUGGAAGGAAUUUGAUGGUUUUAUUCCAGACACUGGUGUUAUAGAGUACUUUUGGACACAAGCUGUUGUUUGUGGGAAAGUCCACUGGACUGCAUACAAGAGAACUGGGGAGGGAAGAAGGGUGGAGAACUUGAUAAUGGUGUUUGAUCUGAAUGAUGAGAUUUUUCAGGAAUUAUCAUUACCAGAAGUUUUGGUGAACGAAAUACCUCUGAAUCUGAAUGCUGCAGAGUGUAGGGAAUUACUUGUUGUGUAUCAGUAUGAUAUACGUAUUUGGAGCAGCAGUUGUUCCAUUCGGGUAAUGAAACAAUAUGGAGACACUGAGUCAUGGAGCAAGGAAUAUAACGUUGCACUUGGCCACGAGCAUUUAAUGGUACUCGGCAUUAGUGAUAAUAGUGAAAUAUUGUUGACCGAAUCAAUAGGGAUGCUAGCUUUAUAUAAUCCUGAGACGCAAAAAAAGGAGAGCUUUUGUAUUCCUGGCACUGAGUACUCUUUUUAUUUUGAUACUUACCAGGAAAGCCUUGUUUUGCUAGAUAAAGGGGUUGUACUGCCUCCACUUGAUUUACCAUCGGAGAAGACGACGGAUGAUGAUGAAGAUGAAGAAAAUGAUGCUGAGAAUGCUCCUCAAAGCUGGAUGCAUUAUCUUAUGCAUCAGUAUCUCACAGCUUUUCUUGGAGCCGGAAAUAUCUAAGAGCUCGCCUGUAUCUUAAAUAAUGAACAAAGGUUAUAAAGUUCAGGCCGACCUUCCGCGGCAGAUUAUAUAUCUGCUUUCUGUCAGGCCAUCCCAAUUUCAUUUAUCACAGCUAUGUACCAUGUGCUCGGUGUUAUGCUUGUUAUUACAACUUUAAUCAAUUUUGACUGCUA